AUCUUUUAAUUUGAUUUUGUUGACGUUUUUAUCUGUACAAAAAGUUGUGGUGGAGCCUACUUAUCUUCCCGCAAAAAUUUAUUUCAUUUUAAUAUUCACUUAAUUUCAAAAACAAGGAUGCCGUCAAUGAAAGUCGAAGGUGAUAGUGAUGGAGAUGGUGAUAUGUCUGGUGGUGAUACUGAGAGGUCUGGAGGCUCAUCUAGGGGUCCAGACCGGGAUUCCAGCGCCGAGGAAGCUGAUGAGCCUGACUCCGACGAUUCUUCGGAAAUGGACGAGAGCGAAUGUGAGAGACGUAGAAACGAAUGCCUUGACAAUUUAUCCAACUUGGAGCGCCAGUUCUCAGUUCUUCGGGAACAACUGUUCUGUGAAAGGAUGAAACAUGUAGAGUACCAGCUGGCAGAAGUGCGUGGGGGCCGAUCACAGGAGUAUCAGGUGCCGUUGCGGAGACUGCAGGAGAAUAUGAGAAUUAGAAUUGAAGUGGCCGGUGUAUUGAAACAGUUGAGAAUAGAGAACAUAAAACACAAGUAUGAAGCUGAAGAGCAAGCAGCCCAUCAGCAUUUUAAGAGCGAGAAAUGGCUGGCGUUCGAGAAUCUAAAAGAAGAAAUUCAAGAGAAGAUUCGAAAAUUAGAAGAAGAACGACAUACAGUGGAUCUCUGGUCCUGCGGAGCUGAAUGGGGUAGAAAGAGACGUAAGAGGCAGGUCACAGUGACCCCACCUUACGUGGUGUAUAUGUUACCAGACGCUGAUAUCAUGGAAGACUGGAGACUAGUUAGGAAAUUAUUGGAAAGAACCGAUUAAGUAACUAUCACAUUUGUUCAGCAUUGAUUGUGUUUCCGAAUUAUUUUACUAGUUGCAAUUUGUGACUUUGCGCUCUUAAAUUGCGAAAAAAAGAUCCCUGGUUAUCUUUAUUCAACAAUUACCGUAAUGGUUCGUUUAUGUACCAUAUUUUGUUCAAUUCCGCGUGUCUUUGUAACAAACAUGCAAAUAGAUUCAUAAACUUUCAAAUUUUAUAAUAAAAUUCUUCUUAUUUCGACAUUCAAAUAUUACAAAGAUCAUUAUUAUAAAGCAUGAUAAAGAUUUUUUUUUUAAUAUUAAAAAAUACAAAAUUGUUGCUGAAUAGAAAUUAAUCAAAUUUUCCCCCAAACAAAUAAAAAAUAAAAAUUCCACUUUACGUUAUAAAAAUGUUUAAUAAAUCAAGUUUUUUAUCCAAAUAACUUUUCAUUUGGAUAAAAAAAAGCUAAUUAAAUUUAUUUUGUCAUAUAUUUGAUCUAAUUUUUCUAUUAUCUGUUACAACACAAUCAAUGCGAAAAUGUUAGUUUAUUAACAAUUCUAUUAUUAUAAAAAGGUAAAUCUGUAUCACUAUAGUUGAUUGAAUGAAUGGUAUUUAUACUUUGGUGAAAAUGGUAAGGAUAGGAAGAGAAACUUACAAAUAAAUAAGUGCUAAAUUAAGUGAAAAUGUUUAUAACGUUUACAAAAUUUUAUGUAAUUUUCUUCGUUCGUGUAUAUCUGUUUAUCCUAGUUUAUAUGUCAUUCAUUUUGAAAUUAAUUUCUAACAUCCAUUUGGGCUGAAAUUUAUCAUACGUGAUAAAUUUGUAAGAAAAUAUUUUUCAUCAAAUAUUAACCAUAAUAUUUUUUGGUUAACUUCUGUUAUUUUUUUAGUUAAUGAAGAUUAUUGAAACCUUGUCAUUUGUGUAAUACAUUUUUGAUCUUUGGAUUGUGGAAUCAUUGUUAAUAGCAUUAACAUGUAAUUAUGUAUAGAAACAUAAAAUGUCAAAGAUUUGUUUCACGGCUAAAAAAGUAACCUUUUAUGAGUACUUAUACAAAACAAAGAUUGUCUUUGAAAUUAUUGUUUUUUUUUUUUACUUUUAAAACAAUACAGUUUAACCACAAAAAUAAAGUUUGUAUACAAUUAACAUCAAAUUAGGCUCAAAUAUUUGCAUUUAAUGUAAAAUAGCCUUGCUCCAUCGAUAACUAUUAUGUAUCUAUUUAACAUCAUCUCUAUACAUUGUAUGUACUCUGCAUUGCAAACAUUUAACCUGUGUAUUUGCAUGUACAUAGAACAUAAUUAAAAAAAAACCUGCAUAUGUCACUUUUUAAUAAAA